AUGGCAGCAGCACCCAAACUCAUGCAGAAGACUCAUCCAAUCUCUGUGAGAUGAGAUCCCAGCAACCCCACCUAUGGACUCUGACAGUCUAUCUUGAACACCAGGCUUCAGGACUGCUAUGUGGACUCGCCAGCUCUCACCAACAUCUGGACAACCAGAAAGUGUGCAAAGCAGAACAUCAAUGCUCCCGUACCAGGUACCACCUCUUCUUGGGAAGUUGUAAAGAACCCAUUAAUUGCCAGUUCCUUCUCCCUGGUUAGACUUUUGCUCAGGCGACAACUGAAGGAGAAAUGCUGCCCAGUACCACGCAAGUUUGGAGAUGCGAAACCCUCAAAGAGAUUAAAGCCCAAGGACGAUUCAGCAACGAAAGCCGCCCAGCGGGGCGGGAUAAGAAACUCCAUCAGUUCCAACAACCCAGGCACAGGAGGCCUGCAGGAGGCGUCAAUGAGUAAAGAAAGUUCAAAGGAGAAAAAAGGAACACUCUGCCAAGAUCUUGAGAGCAGAUAUGCUGAACAUGUGGCUGCCUCCCAAGUGCUACCCCGGGACAUUGGGACAGUGUCCUGGAAGGGCCGACUCACCUCACUUCCGGAAACCAGGAAGAGACAGCAGCUGUCGGAGGAUGCAUUAACCACCCAUGGCCUCUGCACAGAGGGCCACUGGGCUCUGCACCACACGGUGGUGGAGCCAAUGCUGUGGAACCCUUCAGGGACCCCCGAGAGGUACACUUAGGAGCUGGGCAAGGCCAUCAAAACAAAGCCCUGGGAGGCUCUUUGCAGACAGGCUGCCACCCCUGAAGGUGCUCAGAAGGACCCACUGCCAGGCAGGAAGAGGCCAGAGGUCCACGAGGAGCAUGCUCCCAAGAAAUGGCCCAAGUCAAAGAGCGAGAAAUAG